CUUUUGCAUUGAAGUGAUGCCAAGGGACCAAGAUGUACGCCGAUGCUUUCAAAGUUUGUCCAAACACUUCGAAGCCGACGAUGUGUACGCAGAAUUCCAAGAGGAAGACGCUGAAGGCAGAGGCCGGCUCAAGCUAAAACACUUUGUUCAAGCAUUGAGUUCUCUUCUGGGCAACUACAGCAGCAUCGACGUGAACCGCGUGGCCAAAGCGUUCGAACGUUCCAGCAAGAUGGUCAACUACACGGAAUUUUGCCACGAAUUGCAGCAAUACAUGGAAGAGCACGCGAAAUCCAAAGGCGAGUCGUCCGACGGUCCUACUACUGCUGGCAAAUCACGACAAACAGGUCGCCAAUCGUGCUCGACAGACGCGGCCACGGACGACCAAAGCGAGUCCAGUGACCACAGUCGGUCGCGCACCGGCAAGUCCAAACGGGCAGCCGACUCGGACGACUUGACCAAGCGCACGAUACGUGUGGACCAUCGCUUGGAGCAGCACCGUGUGCUCAAGUCGUCGAUUCGACAAAAGAUCCUUCGCGGGGUGAGAAAGCCGGCCAAGGGGGGCUUUGACGGGGUUCGGGAUCUACUGCUGACCCAGGACAGCGCAGGCGACGGGACCUUGGACGAGUCUGUCUUUGUGGACGCACUGUUGGGCCACAUGAAGGCACGGCCGACCCAGAAAGAAAUGGCGUACUUGACGGCCAAUUUACGCAACAAGCGGCACCCGUCCCGCAUCAACUAUGAGCAAAUUGGACAUUUUCUAAGUGUGGACAGCGAAGAAGAAGCAUCCACGUCUGGCGAUGACGAUCGGAAUGACGUGGCAGCGACUCCGUCCGCCCGCCCCCGUGCUUGGGGGCCGCCGUCCCCCGCCAACAAGCGACAACUCGACCGGCCACAUUUGGGCUCGGACGUGCUCACUGUCGAGCGCAACUUGAAGCAAUUUAUGACCCAACGCGUGCCGAAGGGCGGCGUAACUGCCACGUGUUGCCACGUUCCCAAGUCCAUUUUCACAGGAGCCGAGAAGUUUGUCGAAGCGUGCGAGUUGUACGACCCCCUGGAAACCGGCGGGCUUUCCGAAGACGGGUAUGAAAAAGUGCUGGGUUUCUGCGGGGUAGCCGUCACGCCUGCACAGCUGCGGUCCGUGCUGUCUAAAUUUACAAGGACAUCCCAAGGCCUGGUUGGGAUCGCAGCUUUUCUCGAGCGAUAUGACCAGCACUUGGCCACGGUGAAGCACCGCCAGCACCUCAAGACGAUUCUGCAGCGACUGGCCACCGACCCCGACCGCGACAACGCAGCGCUUUUGGCUCAUUUUCGUCACCAGUUGGAGAAGUUAGACGCCCGCGUCACGGGGGUGCCCACCGGCGUCGUGUCCAAGAAAGAUUUCUUGGCGUGCCUCACGAGCCACCACAGUCCGAUGCGGUGGCCCAAACAAGACACGGAAGCGUGCUUGGCUUUGUUUAUCGAUCCUUCCAAAGCCUCAAAACACAAGGACAUUCGCGUGGUGCACUACCCCGAGUUUCUUCGGAUGUUCCAAGAGUUGUGCAUGUCGUCCAAGCCCGACGGCGUCCCCUGCCACUGCGCCGAGAACCUCUCGAACGUGUCCAAUAUGGACGCAAUACACCAAAAACUGAGCGAUUUCUUGCACGACGAGUCGCGGGGGGUGGGCACAAGGGGGCGCGACAUUGCCGAACAUGCCUUCGAAGCCGCCGACAAGAUGCGUCACGGCGUGUCGGCGGCAGGGUACCUCGACGAGCGAGACUUCUUCACGGUGCUGCGAUCGAUCGGGAUGGGGGUGUCGCCGGCGGAGAAGCAGCUGAUUUUGCAUGCACUGGCGCAAGCUGGGUACAUCUCGAUCGAGGGCGUUCAGUACUUGGCGUUUCUUCGCCUAUUUGACGCCACCCCCCCCAACUCCUCAAGUCGUCGUCGACGCAACCCCCCCGCGUCAAUCGUCUUCCAGUCGUCAUCGCUGGGCAACAUGUGUGUGGGGGCGUACUUGGCCGAGCACGCCACGGCCGCCGAGCGCGGCCAUUUCGAUGCCAUCAUGACGACGCUCAAGGACUUGCCGCCCGGGGAAGCCAUCGAGUCGACCGACCAGCUAGUGUACCACCUUGGGCCGACUUUGAAAGUGUCGGUGCAAUUCUUUACGUGAUAAAUGCCAUCAAAAAAUAUAAACACAGUGAUGGGA